AUGGUCCGUUACGCCCCCGCCGAUCGAAUUCCUUCCGCCAAAUCGGCUCGAAGCCGUGGCAGUUACCUGCGUGUCAGCUUCAAGAACACCCGCGAGACUGCCCAAGCCAUCAACGGCUGGAAACUCCAGCGCGCCGUCAAGUACCUCGAGAAUGUUCAAGAGUUGAAGGAGGCUGUGCCCAUGCGAAGAUAUGCUGGAAGCACUGGUCGAAGCGCACAAGGAAAGGCAUUCGGAGUCUCCAAGGCCCGUCACCCUGUCAAGUCGGCCGAAUUCCUUCUCGGUCUGCUCAAGAACGCCGAAGCCAAUGCCGACACCAAGGGUCUCGACACCUCCAACCUGAUUGUCAAGCACAUCCAAGUCAACCAAGCCCCGAAGCAGCGUCGCCGAACAUACCGUGCCCACGGUCGUAUCAACCCAUACAUGUCCAACCCUUGCCACAUCGAAUUGAUCCUGACGGAAGCCGAGGAGGCGGUCACCAAGGCUGAGGAAUUGGAUGUCAAGGGAGCCAAACUCAACUCCAGACAGCGAGGCGCUCAGCGACGGAGAGCCAUUGCUUCUUCGUAA